AUGUCUCUAUAUUGCUCAUUUUGUGUUGCAUUUAAAUCACCACAGUCUAACACCGUUUCAUCAUUUGUGUCUGGCUUCAAAGAUUUUAGACGAGUUAGCCAACGGGUUGCAGAACACGAAUCAAGCAGCACUCACCGCAGGCAUGUUUUUGAUUACAUUCGUAUAAUGAAUAAUCAAGACUUUGACAGAUUUUAUAGUACAGCAAUAAAGAAAUAUAAUGAUGAAGUACUGAUACGGAAACAAAUACUUUCUCAAGUUAUUGAUAUCAUUAAACAUUUAUCUAAGCAAACAUUGCCAUUUCGAGGUCAUAGGAAUGAAGGUGCUUUUUCGUUGGACAAUGAUGAAGAAAAUCAUGGAAAUUUUUUGGCUUUGGUACAGCUCUUGGCCAAAUAUGACCCACUUUUAGCUUCUCAUCUCUCCAUGUGUCAAGAGAAAUCAACCAAAAAAAUAGAAAAACUGAAGCGUCAAGGUAAAGCCGGCAGUAAAGGUCGCGGUGCUCUGGUUACGUUUUUAAGUAAGACUACUAUAUUAAUGCUUCUCAAUAUUAUGAAAAAUAUGAAGCAGGAACAGAUUGCAAUGGAAGUAUCCAAAGCAAAAGUGUACUCCGUACAAGUUGAUUCUACACAAGAUAUAUCUGCAAUUGACCAAUUCAGCAUUGUGGUUCGCUAUGUUUUAGAUGCUACUGUGUAUGAACGGCUGCUUUCUAUUGUACCAAGCAAUGACGGUACUGGCCAAGGCUUGUUCGUUCUCGUAAGUUUGACGCUACAGCGGCUUGGCUUUAACUUGAAAUACUGCCUAUCGGACAGCACUGAUGGUGCUUCAAGUUAUCAUGGCCAGUACAAUGGACUGCAACAAAAGAUUACAGAAGCUGCAGACCACCAUGUACAUAUUUGGUGUUAUGCUCAUGUUCUCAACUUAGUUGUGAAGGAGGCAACCAGUUGCUGCAUUCAGGCAGUUUCAUUUUUUACCCUUUUGCAAAAUGUUUCAACAUUCAUAAAAUUGUCAUAUAAGCGAAUGGCAACAUGGAUUAAACUUGUUGAAACACAAAUUGGAAUGGAUAAGAUGAAAAGAUUGAAAUUGAUUGGUGAAACAAGGUGA